AUGUCUAUCACUGGUGUGUGCCUCAGUUUCCCCAUGGGUGAAAUGAAGGGAAUUUUCUGUUCUCCUUAUCAAAGCAUUUUGAUGUUCACUGGGGGAAAUAAUUGUGCAGGCAAAGGAAUGAUCAUUUCCUGGAAUACCCCUGGGUCUUUUUGAGUCUCUUCUCUGCACUGCCUUGAUAUCACACAGACACAGCCCUGCACUGGAGCAAACUGCUGUAGAUUCACUGAAGUCCUUUGAGCUGUGAUGGUCCACAGGGGCAGAGGAACCAGACUCUGUCUGCUCAGUGCCUUGUUCAGCAUCUGCUCAAAGUGUCAGCUGUGAGGGCUGCCUGAUCCCAGCUGAGACCUGGCACGGCUGUCACUGCAGAGGACACUUGGAUGCACUGAAGGCAUGUGGUGCUGUGCUCAGCCAGACACAAGACAGCCUCCCAGCAAAGGGCUUUAGGAUGAGGACAGCUCAGAAGGGUGGGAAUGGGAACAGAGAAAUAACUGGUAGAGAAAAUGCAGCACCAAAUAUUUUAUAAUUGCAGGUUGUGCUGUCCCAUGUAGAGCACAGCUUGUGAACACUCCCACCCACAGGAGAGCCCAGACCGCUGUGGUGACAUUCCCAUCCUGUCCCUCUGCUCCAGGUGGGCAGCCCUGAUGUCAUCCAAGCUGUACGUGCUCAUCAGCUGGCCUGAUGGCAGCCGGGUCAUCAGCAUGGAGAACAUCAAGGAGCCCCGCAAGCCCUUCCACCUCUACACCGUGGGAGAGCAGGUCCUGGCACGCUGCCCUGGAUUCAGUGGGCUCUACUGGGGUGUGGUGGAAGGCAUCAGUGAGCAUAAAGGUAUUUUGGAGAAGAAGCUGCUGGAAGAUCGACAGCUCCUGGAGAAGUUAAAAGAAGAACCAGCUGUCCACAGCAUGAUGCCAUCCCCACCAAAAAAAUCCAGGAAAACCUUUCCAAAAUGGACCCCAGGGAAUGCAUCCAAGAAAUAUCCCAGUGACAGGACCUAUCCUGCAAAGCCACUGCUGAGGGUGGCUGAGGCCAGCCUGCCCCAUGAUGCCAGCAGCUCCUCCAUCCUCAAGGACAGGCGUGUCCUGGGAAGUGUGGCAGGGAGCCCCCGCUCGCUGGCAGCUCCCCCCCACCCAGCCAGUGCCUUCACACCUCCAUCCUCCUUCAUCACCAUGGCCAUGCCAGGGCCAGGGACUUCCCAGAGUGAAGAGGACAGGGCUGGUCCAGCUGCCAGAGAUUAUGUUGCCCUUCCAAUGAAGAGGAAGUCAGAUGGCAUCUUGUCCCCGUGCCAGCAGCAGAUCUGUCUGAACAGCCGUGAGGAGCGAAAGAUUGAUGCUUUGCAAGAGAUGGAUGGCUUCGAGAGGGUUCACAAAAAUUUCAGUCCUGGUGAGGUGGAAAGGGUGGAGAAGAUGGAGCAGCUGGAAAGGAUGGUGUUGGACCUCCAACAGGAUGUCCUCUCUCUGAAGAAGAAGGUGCAGAGGCUGGAAUCCCUGUCCUUCCAGGAGGAGCCCCACCGACAGCCAUGUGAGGUGGUGGAGCUCUUCAACGGCUACACCAAGGAGCAGCUGAAAGAGACCAUCAGGUUUGACCAGAAAAUCAGCACAGCCUGCAAGACUCUGCUCUACAAACUCUUCACCUCUGACUACAUCCAGAGCCACUCCAUCACGGGGCGCAGGGGCAACACCUUCCGGGAGGCGAAGCCCAUGAUGGACGAACGCUGCAUCAAAAUCAUCAGGGUGCUGCUGAAGCAGAAGUUUGGAGAUCACCUCAGUGACACUGUGAUCACAGAGAAGAUCCAGAACGUGCAGAAAGCCCUGAGGCAGAAGUUUAAGACAGAAUGUCUCUGAGGCAGGGGGAUUUGGUGUCUCCUCCUGCCGUUCCUGUGUGUGUCCCUGAGCAGCCUUCCCAGGAGAGAUGAGCUGAGCAGCUGCCGCUCAGUAGAUUUCCCCCAAGGAGCCAACCCAAGUAAACCAUGUGCUAAACACAGCUCAAACACUGCCAAACCUCUGCCCUUAUUAACCAAGCAGGAAUUGGGCCCAGCUUGGCUCGGUUUUUGCACUCUGCAAGUUCCUUCCCAUCCAGUCUGUGUGCAAACCUCACUGUGGGUGCAUGGAAUCACCUCUGUGACUCUGAUGAUGUGCUCAAAGGCUUCGGGGCUUCUUUUGAGUCCAAGAAUGGGUCAGGAAGGUGGCCCUGUUCCACACUGCAGAAAUGUUGGCUUUGGGGUAGGGAAUCCAGCUGCAGACAGGCUGAGUCACCUAAUGCAGCUUCUCUCUGCCUCUGGUUGCCUCGUUCUGCCUGUGGGACAAUAAUUACUUUUCCCUCACAGUGAAUGUUUUAUUUCCAGCACUAACAAAAAGGCAGACUCAUUAAAAUGACAUCUUAAAACA